AUGAUUGCCGGUAGGACUAAGGAGGAACAUGACCAACGUCUUAAUGAAGUUCUGGAAAGGAUCAAGGCAUACGGAUUUCAUUUGAGGAUGGAUAAAUGCCGCUUUGGCCUCUCACAAAUCAAGUUCCUAGGACACAUCAUCGAUCAAGACGGCUUACGACCAGAUCCAGCGAAGACAAGUGCUAUUUCGCAGAUGCCAGCUCCCAAGAACGUGUCGCAGCUUCGAUCAUACCUUGGAGCCAUCAAUUAUUAUGGACGUUUCGUCAAGCAAAUGAAGGAUUUACGAGCACCCAUGGACUACUUGCUGAAGAAGAACGUUAAGUGGGAAUGGACGGAUAGCUGCCAGAAAUCGUUCGAGAAAUUCAAAACGCUGCUGAAAUCAGACCUGUUGCUGGCCCAUUUUGACCCAAACAAGGACAUUAUUGUCGCAGGAGAUGCAUCAAAAGAUGGCGUAGGCGCAGUUAUUAUGCAUCGUUUUCCGAACGGAUCAGUGAAGGCUAUUUCGCAUGUUUCAAGAUCUCUCACCGCUGCAGAACAGAAUUAUGGACAAAUUGAGAAAGAAGCCCUGGCUCUAGUGUUUGCUGUAACCCGCUUCCAUAAGAUGCUAUUCGGUCGGAAGUUUAUUUUGCAAACGGAUCACAAACCGCUACUCAAGGUGUUUGGAAGCAAGAAAGGCAUUCCUGUAUACACUGCCAACCGACUUCAACGUUGGGCUCUAACACUGAUGCUGUACAACUUCGACAUCCAAUUUGUGAAAACUGAGGAAUUCGGACAUGCUGACUUGCUUUCAAGAUUGAUGAAGUGCCAUGAACGAGUCGACGAGGAGUAUGUCAUUGCUUCUAUACAAAUGGAAGCCUAUGUUCAAGCCGUUCUCAGUGAUUCCACAUCAAGUCUACCAGUUACGUCUCAAAUGAUCGCUGCUGAAAGCUCGAAGGAUUCCGCUCUGAAAUCAGUUAUGCUUCACAUAAACGAAGGUUGGCCCGAACAUUCCAAGGAGAUUAGUGACCCAGCCGUCCAGCAGUUUUUCACUCGCCGGGACAGUCUUCAAAUCGUUCAAGGAUGCAUCAUGUUCGGAGAUCGAGUUGUUGUUCCUGUUCGUUUUCGGAAACGCAUUCUUCAGCAGCUACAUAGAGGUCACCCUGGAAUGGACCGGAUGAAGUCGCUUGCAAGAAGUUUCGUCUACUGGCCCAAGAUCGAUGAUGACAUCGAAGGACUUGUCCGGUGCUGCAGAUCAUGUGCUGAAGCUGCCAAGUCACCUCGCAAAACGGAUUUGGAAUCGUGGCCUGUUCCAUCGAAGCCGUGGGAGAGAUUUUGUGAUGAAAAUGGAAUAACGCACUUGACAAUUGCACCAUACCAUCCGCAGUCUAAUGGACAGGCUGAGCGCUUCGUAGACACCCUUAAGAGAGGACUCAAGAAGCUUCGAGAAGGAGGAAAAACCACGACGUUUCAGCAUCUUCAAACUUUCCUGUCCGUCUACCGGUCGACCCCGAAUCGAAGCGCACCUAAUGGCAAGUCUCCUGCAGAGCUUUUCCUUGGAAGAACUGUCUCUACACCGUUAGAUUUGCUGAAGCCCAGGAGAACUACCUCCGUAGCCGUGAACGACAAGCAAAACGAACAGUUCAAUCGACGUCAUGGGACCGUGAAAAGAGAGUUUUCUGCUGACGAUCUGGUGUAUGCGCAGAUUCACCAUCGAAAUGUGACUACUUGGGUUCCUGGCAAGAUCAUUGAGAGGAAAGGUUCUGUGAACUACAAUGUACUUCUGGACAAUGGUCGUCUUAUCCGCUCUCACACCAACCAAUUGAGAGGACGUCAUCUGGACACUCAUCUGGAAACUUCCUUCGAAGAUGUCGAUGCAGAUCAUCAGCUACCAUGGACCAUGCUGCUUGAAGAAUUCAAUAUUCCUAUUCCAUGUUCAAUCCGCAAUGAUCCAAUCGAUGAACUUCCGCAGAAUCCGGUGGAGGUUCAUCAACCAACCGAAGAACUGCCACCUGAAGAUAUACAACCUGGGGAAAUGCUACCUCCGCUAAUUGAAGAAGAUGUUCCUGCAGACAAUGUUGAAGAUAAUGAACCCCAACCUACUAACAACCCGAUACGGAACCGAAGGCUUCCUUCGUGGCUCUCACCAUAUGAUCUUUUCUGAAGGGGGAGAUGUUAUAGGGCUCUGCGUGAAAUCAUCUCCUUCUCCUUCACUCUUACAGAAAUUUUGUAAACAACAAGGCCAAGAAACGUCAAAAUCCCAUACAAAAUCAAAACAAUGCAGUGCCCUAUAGAGGAAUGGCCUGAAGCCAUGAUCAAAGAAACCUAUGUUAAUUAAGUUGUUUGACAUUAUACUUUUCUACGAUUAUUACUGUUCCAACCUCCGAAGUAAAUAGACCUAAACUACAACUAGUCUUUAAUUCAUUGGAGUUGUGACAUGGGAGAUGUUCACGACAUCCCAGAGCCACAGGCAACGGGACUCAAAUUGAAUGACAUCGAGCAACGAAUUGAGUCGCAUUCGGCUUCUCAGUUUUUUCCCUCGUUACCCGGGGAAAAUGAUGACAUUGAAAAAAUAAGGCAUCCGAUAGGAAAAAUAUUUUACUACAAUAAUUCUAUCGGGUAUGGCAUAAUGUCGUUUGGCAUAGUCUUUUGGCAUAAUCUGGCAUAAUAGUCGAUUGGUAAAUGGCCGUUUGGCAUAACAAUAAGUGAAAUGGCAUUCAUCAUUUUCGUGUAUGAUAAAUAUCUGUGUUAUUUUCAAAACUUCAAACAUCACGAGAUUCAUCAUUUUAGUACGGAGCUACAAUGAAUCCACAAUCCUUUUUCGCGCGAGAAUUCUUUAUAAGGGUAAAAUAUGUGACCUUCAACAGUAGAAUGACCGUGAAUUACUUCGGUAGGCCAUAUCUAACUUCAUUUGCCUUUAAUAUAGAAUUUAAAAAUUUAAAAAUAUUUGGCAAUAUGUUUAGAUAGAAAUAACUGAUAUCUGGGAACUUUUGUAUUCUGGGUAGUUUUGUUCUCUUCGUCAUGGAAGGCUUUUUGAAAC